CCCUGCCUGGCACCCACCUACUUGUGACGGCUCGCGGCCCUUUCGGCCGCCGUACUCCUCGCCUCGUCUCCUGAGGCGGCCCCGCUCUGCGGCAGGAAGGGCGACGGCUAGCAGAGAAGGGAAGCCGCCGCCAUGACAUGUCGCAGACGCCUCGCCCCGCGGCUGGGCCUCGCGCUGCUGCCCGCCCUGCUGCUGCCGCUGCUGCCCGGGGCCGCGCGCGGUGAUUGCGGCCCCCCUGACAGGUUACCCUAUGCAGAGCUAGCGGAUGCGUUUAAAGAUCAGACCACCUUCCCCGUUAACAGCUCUGUGCAAUACGUUUGUCGCCCAGGAUACAGAAGAGACCCUUCCCUGGAAGCCGCUCGAAUUUGUCGUGCAGGUUCAUUAUGGUCACGACCUGAAAAAUUUUGUAUAGCAAAGCUCUGUGGUCAUCCAGGAGACUUGCCAGAUGGUUCUGUUCAUAUAGAGACUGAUCUUAGUUUUGGUUCAACAGUGACAUUUUCUUGUAAUGAGGGGUACAGAUUAAUUGGACCACAGUUUGCUAGGUGUGAGAUUGCUGGCAAAGGCGUUCAUUGGAAUGAAGAAAUUCCACACUGCCAGUCAAUUCCAUGUUUACCACCUCCAGACAUAGAAAACGGGAAGCACUCUGGUGAACAGGAAGAUUAUACCUACGGGGCAUCGGUAACUUACAAGUGUAAUAACGUGCCGAGAGGAUCGGUCCCUUUCUCACUUAUUGGGGAGGCAACUAUUUAUUGUCGUUCCAAUGAAGAUAAUAAUGGAGUUUGGAGUGCACCCGCCCCUCAGUGCAAAGUGGUCAAGUGUCCAGAGCCAGCAGUUCCAAAUGGGAGAAGAGAAACUGCAUAUUCACCUGACUAUAUUUAUAGAAGCAGAGUUAUUAUGAAAUGCCUUCCUGACUACGUCAUGAUUGGAAGUGAUGUGAUUGAAUGCCAAGAGAAUAAUACCUGGCAUCCUGAAUUGCCAGUUUGUCUACGUAUGUCCUGUGAUCAUCCAGGAGACCUGCAACAUGGUUCUGUUCAUACAGAGACUGGUCUUGGUGUUAAUUCAACAGUGACGUUUUCUUGUAAUGACGGGUACAGAUUAAUUGGACCACAGUCUAUUCGAUGUGUAUUGUUUAGCAAACAUCUUGAUUGGGAUAGACCAAUUCCACACUGCCAGCCAAUUCCAUGUUUGCCACCUCCAGACAUAGAAAACGGGAAGCACUCUGGUGAACAGGAAAAUUAUACCUACGGGGCAUCGGUAACUUACAAGUGUAAUGAUGUGCCGAGAGGUUCGGUCCCUUUCUCACUUAUUGGGGAGGCAGCUAUUCACUGUAGUUCUGAUGCAGAAAAAAAUGGAGUUUGGAGUGCACCCGCUCCUCGAUGCAAAGUGGUCAAGUGUCCAGAGCCAGCAGUUCCAAAUGGGAGAAGAGAAACUGCAUAUUCACCUGACUAUAUUUAUAGAAGCAGAGUUACUAUGAAAUGCCUUCCUGGCUAUGUCAUGAUUGGAAGCGAUGUGAUUGAAUGCCAAGAGGAUAAUACCUGGCAUCCUGGAUUGCCAGUUUGUCAAACCACCGUCUCAGUUAGCUCAGCCUCAACUCCUACUGCAACUGUCCUGGUCAUUGCUCAUGGAAGAAUAAUUGAUGGACCAAAGCCGCCAUAUGCUGUUGGAGAUAACAUUACAAUUGAAUGUGAUGCAGGCUACACGCUACAUGGGGAAGCUAAGAUUCAGUAUGUUGGUGGAAAUCAGUGGAAGCCGGGAAUUCCAUCGUGUCACUUAAAGGAGGGGUUAAGUACAGGUGUAAUCGUCACCCUCUGUAUUGUUUUUGGUGCCCUUGUGGCGUCACUAGCAGGAUAUGGGGCCUAUAAGAAACUGCAUUCACGGAAAAGGGAAACUGCCUGCCCCCCAGCCACCGCGGAAUACACUGCUUGUAAAACAUGAUUGAUCAUUUUGGGGGGGGGUGAAGUUAAAUGAGCCUUUCAGAGAUGGAAAAAGGACUGCGCUUGCCCUGAAUUUGUCUGACAAUUGUUAGUCCCUGCUUUCACCAGAGUUGAAGAUGUCAUGGCAGAAUCUUUACUCUUCAUUAUUGUUACCUGUUUUGGUUGAUGAAUUUUAAGGAAGGCAAAAACCUAUGUCAUCCCUUUCAGCUCCAUCUGUUGUCUUUCUCUGGUAGUAAUUUUGUCUGUAGCUUUCUCUAGUCAGCGAGGAAGUUUGUGUUAGUGCUAGACAGCUGCUGCCUUUUCUCUCUUGCAGUCUUGCUCUCCUUACAGAAGAGAGUGUUGAAGGAAAGAUGACUUGGUAGGGCCUUAAUAUGACUCCUGUGUCACUACAAAGAUUUUGACAUUUAGAUGUUGUUCUUUUAAAGCACUUGAAUUCUGUUAAUUAUUCUUUCUGAAGAAAGCAGCACUUAUUUGUCUAGAUGAAUGUUUUUGCACGCUUGCUUUCUUAAGUUUGCCAAUGGUUAUGUAUAUUUGCUUGAAAACUAAAUUAUUUAUUUUCCUUUUGAAUAUAUUGUUGAUUGACUUUGGAGUUGUUUUACCAUUCUCACUCCUCUAUUGCGGGAGUUUUCUUGUAGGCUGCCAAGAACCAGAUUGAAUUCCCUGUCGGGAAUAUCCUUGUUCAGGUUUUAGUUUACCAAACUAUUAAACAGAAUAGCAUGAACCUGUUUACUGCUGGUGCACUUCAGAGAGAGCUACGGUUUAAAUACUUAUUGUCUGUGAAAUAUCAGUAGCAUAACUCUUUUUGCACUUCUUCCUCUUCGUAAUAGUAAAACUAGGGCACUGUUCUGCAGAUCACUUAGUCGCGUAUUGAACAGGAUUUUGUGAAAAAUAGGUUUUUGACUCUUAACUGUACUUACUUUUGUUCAUAGGGAAUCUGCCCUCCAGACAUCCACUGCUAAAUACAGUAGCUAUAAACCAUGAUUGAUCAUUUUUUGGGGAAGUUCAAUGAGCCUUUGAGAGAUGGAAAAAGGACUGUACUGCAACGAAUCUCCCAGCAAUGGAGUUGACACCACUGUGCUGAAUGAAGGAGAGUGGACCACGUGUACCCGCAGGGGGAAGAAUAAAGACUAUGAAAGCAGCCUAAAGGUGCUGGGAGAGGCUGUCUGGAGCUUGGGGUGACAAAGGGCUAAGCAGCUGCCAGGAGGGGUAGAGAGCAGGGCUCCUUUUUGGUCCUUGGUUGGUUUGUUUGCACAAGCCUGCAGGCUCUGCAAAGCCUUUGGAAGAUGAGGCUCAGAAGGAAAAGUGAUAGCUUCUUUGUUUAAUUUUCUUUGCUUGUGUUGCAUUGCUGAGAAGCCUCAGGUGGCCCCUGGGCAUACUCUAUUAGCCUUGCUGCAGCAGAGGUGAGCCCCCUGGACAGCGAGUCCCUAAACCAAUGCCAGCUGCAAAGGUGAAAAUGGUUGGCCUCACUGGCAUGGCCAAACAUGGAGAGCUGUGAUCUACCCAGAAUCUGCCCAUUGCAGCUUACAAGGUUUAGUUGCUGCUUUCACUAGAGCUGAAGAUGUCAUGGCAGAAUCUUUCUUUUCAUGAUUGUUUCCUGUAUGGGAUGAUGAAUUUUAAGGAAGGCAAAAACCUGUCAUCCCUUUCAGCUCCAUCUGUUGUCUUUUUCUCCUAGUAAUUUUGUCUGUAGCUACCUCUAGUCAGCAAGGCGUGGUUUGUAUUGGUACUAAACAGCUUCCUCCUUCUCAGUGUUGCUGUCCUUAUAGAAGAGACUUGAAGGAAAGAUGACUUGGAUAGGGCCUUAAUAUGACCCCUGCCUUGCUAAAAAGAUGUUAAUGUUUAGAUGUCAUUCUUUGAAAGCACUUGGAUUAUUUUAAGUAUUCUUUCUGAAGAAAGCAGCACCUGUUUGUCUAUAUGAAUAUUUUUGCACACUUGCUGUCUUAAGUUUGCCAACAGUAAUAUAUGUUUCAACACUAAAUUAUUUUAUUUCCCUGCUUUUGAAAAUAUUGUAAAACGACUACAAAGUCGAUCCACCGUUCUCACUCCUUCUCUAUUGGGGAAGCUUUCUUGUAGGCUGCUAAGAACCCAAUAGAAGUCUCUGUUGGGAAUAUCCUUGCUCAGGUUUUAAGUUUAUGGUAAACCGAUAAAAAACACUGAAGUGGUGUGCUGGUACAUAGAUGCUAGUAACUGCACUGUAAAGCAGGAUUAUUAGACAGGAGGGAUUAUGAAAUAAUCCAAUGUUCUAAUUAACUUCUAAAAUUCUGUCAUGUGCACCUGCUGCAUCUCUGUGUGCAGAUAAAAGAUCAACCAAAGUUACUCCACUGACAUAGGUCAGAGAAUUAUUGGAUUGGGCUUUCUUGCAUUGGAAGUCGGUCCCUGAUGUAUAUAGUUCAAUGUGAGGUCCCACAGCCUCACAGACAAGUUGUCUGUAGACGUCUGUUUGAAAAGAAGCUGAUACCUGUGACUUAAUAAUUUCAUUAUCAAUAUUGUGUAUAUAUUAUGGCAGGCUAGGUAGACAGUUCAGCCAGGGAGUGACCUUUUUUUUGGUAUAAAAGGUGGCCAUUUCGACUCAGGUGGUUGAAGCCUUGUUUAUCAAUGUAAAUGCUGGUUGUGCUUUUGAUAUGGAUGUAUAUAGUUUCUUAGCACUCACUUUAUGGUUGUGCAAUAUGAUUUAAUGUCAUUUAACAUGUGCUGUGUGCAAAAGGAUGCAAGGCUUUGGGCAGGUCUCCAAGUGAAUAUCUAAAAUCCUAAUUGGUCUUGUUUCUGCUUCUCCAUGCUGAGGCCCUGACCCUGCAGAGACUUCCUGUUGUCAUCACUGGAUAGCUAGAUUCCACCUACAGUGCCUUUUACCAUACUGUUUUUGAUCUGUAUAUGCAAACGGUAAAGGCCUAUUAAAAGUUCUGUCUCAUCUAAAGUGCUGUAAUAAUGUCUUAUUAAUAAAGAGAAGUGCAUCUUA